UCUCUCCCUCGCUCAAUUCCGCUGACGAUUCCCCGCAGCCAUGGUCGCCACCGCCGCAGCCGCUGCAGCCACGUCAUCAUUCCUCGGCACUCGCCUCACUGAAUUACGCUCCGGUGCAGGUCGGUUCCAAGCCCGAUUCGGAUUCGGAACCAAGAAGGCGCCCAAGAAAGCGGCCCCGAAGCCGGAUUCGGACCGCCUGGUUUGGUUCCCGGGCGCCAAACCCCCGGAAUGGCUUGACGGAAGCAUGGUGGGUGAUCGCGGGUUCGACCCGCUCGGGCUGGGCAAGCCCGUGGAGUACUUGCAGUUCGACUACGACUCACUGGAUCAGAAUCUGGCUAAGAACCAGGCCGGUGACGUUGUCGGGAUCCGAACCGAGAGCUCCGACGUGAACGCGACUCCGUUCCAGCCGUACAGCGAAGUGUUCGGGCUGCAGAGGUUCAGAGAGUGCGAGCUAAUCCAUGGCCGCUGGGCCAUGCUCGCCACUCUCGGUGCCCUCGCCGUCGAGUGGCUCACCGGCGUUACAUGGCAAGAUGCCGGAAAGGUGGAGCUGGUGGAAGGAGCGUCGUACCUGGGGCAACCACUUCCAUUCUCGUUAACCUCAUUGAUAUGGAUCGAGGUGAUAGUGAUCGGAUACAUCGAGUUCCAGAGAAACGCAGAGCUGGACCCGGAGAAGAGGCUGUACCCGGGUGGAAAGUACUUCGACCCGCUGGGUUUGGCGUCGGACCCGCAGAAGAAGGAGGCCCUCCAACUGGCGGAGAUCAAGCAUGCGCGGUUGGCCAUGGUGGCCUUCCUGGGGUUCGCCAUCCAGGCCAUCGUCACCGGAAAAGGACCGCUCAACAACUGGGCUACCCAUUUGGGUGACCCACUCCACACCACCAUUAUUGACAACCUCUUCUUCAAGACUUCAUGAGCUCCUCCUGUUUUAAUAGAACUUUGUUUGGUAUUGGUGGUGUGCAAUUAAAGAGCAUCAAAGUAAGUAAAUUUAACCUCUCUAAGCAUACACAGGAAAAUUGCUUGACA